CCCACCCAGCCCGUCGACUCUUCAACGAUCCUCCGUGUACACCCUCUCGAUGCUGAAACGUGCUUGACGCGGUCCUUCCAUGUCGAACCGUCGUGACGUCUCUUUGUCUGGCCGCCGCCAUCCUCUCUCAUCACGCCUCCACCUCCUCCAUCAGGUCCCUCUCUGCUGCCCCCAAACUUGGACUACUGCCGGCCGCUGAGCGACCCCCAUUAAAACUCCACCAGGCCACCUCAGGCUGUCGACCUCAACGUCCGCCUGGAGCUUCCGCCGCCCGACUCCGCCCCUCCUCGCGCAGCGGCCACGCUGCGAAGCACUUCACCUCACACUCCCACCGCUCAGACGUCAGUCUUUCCUCACAGCCCCCGCCGCGCUCCAGAGGCAUGGCCGCUACCAUGGACAUUGAAAAGAGCCGGACCCGCCGAGAGAGGACCUUUAUUGGCAGCGAGUGCUGCGUGUGCGAAGAGAACCUGGAGUACACAUUGCGGGGCGAGCGCAUCCUGCAGCUGUCGUGCGGCCAUGUCUCCCACGAGGCCUGCUUCUACGAGUACAUUCGCGAGUUUGAGUCGCAGCACUGCCCAACGUGCGACGCCACUCUAGCGCUCGACACUAGCAGAGGCGGAAACGUGCUGGAUCUCGAGAAACUCGUGCGGUCGGUCCAAAACGAACCGGCCCAACAGUCACACCACUCGCACUCCGAUGGCCAUCGAACCGCCAACAACACGCCCACGCCUUGGGACAGCCAGACGGUCUCGUCGGAUAGGCAUCGCGACGACGCGUCCCAUGGCAGUCCUCGCACCAACAGCAGCACCUCGGCCCCUUACUCGUCCAUCCACCAGCACAGCCGUCAGCGUGACAGGAGUCACAGCCGCGAGCGUGGAUCCGACAGGGGCGGCUCAAUUUCUCGGGCCCAUGGCCGCAGCGAUUCCGGCGCCACGGGUCUUGCAUCGUCCAACGACUAUGCCGCUACGCACGACGGCCGCCGCCACGACUACGAUGUGCAGUCCAUGGAGACGAGCCUCAGCAGCCCUCGCGGCCUGCUCAAGAGCCCCAUUCCCGCGCCCACGGUGACGGUGCGAAGUGAGUUUCCCACCCUGAGCAGAUCGCGCCAGCAGCAGAGCCUCACGUGCCUUGUCACGGUCGAGGUGGUCGAGGGCAAGUGGCGCCCGGACCCAGACGACAUGCGCAGUGCUCCGGCCCUUCCCUCGGUCGCUAGUGUUGCAGAGAGCAGCUACGGUCGCAGCAAGUCGCCCGUACACAACCGACCAUCGGACCCGCACUACGAGCCUGCCGAGGGACUAGACGAAAUCACCGAGGAUCUCCACGCCCGCGUCGACAAUUGGCAUGGCUUGGACUUUUCCCGCUUCGGCAAGCUGCGACUCCACGCCCACAUCCGCGUUGGCAAGGACCGCCAGUCGUGGCAGGAGCUGGAAUGCUACCUCUUCUCCGACAUGCUCAUCUGCGUCAAGGAGAAGAAGAGCUCGCAGCACCAUUGGGAUGGCUCGUCGGCACCCCGAAAGACAAAGUGCACGCUCAAGGGCUCCAUCCUGAUCAAGAAGCAUCUGAAUCAGGUGGACCACUCGCCCGACAACAUGACGCUGACACUCAGCCUGUCCGUCGCCGAGCUGCCUGCUUUCCAUCUGCAAUUCCACGACGCCGGUCAGCUGGAGCUGUGGCGACGCGCCCUGACAGACAUCCGUCUCGACUUUCCAGUCGCCAACCGCAUGCCCGAGUACGAUCACGACAACUCGGGCGCUGAGGAGGAUGACUACCGACGCCCACAACGAGUUUCGUCCAUCAACUCGUCCUACGGCGCAGCGCGUUCCACCAUGACUGCACAGACAGAAUACAGCACUUCACGUGCCGGCGCAUCAGAGCCUCGCCUCGGUGCAUCGGUGCACGUGCCUGUCGAUAUUGUUGUAGUCAUUCCUGUCUCGUCAUCCAUGCAGGGCCUCAAGAUUAACUUGCUCCGCGAUACUUUGCGUUUCUUGGUCAACAACCUCGGUGAGCGCGACCGCAUGGGCCUCGUCACCUUUGGCUCAAGCGGUGGCGGUGUUCCCAUUGUUGGCAUGACAAGCAAAGUUUGGAAAGACUGGCCCAAGGUGCUCGAUUCCAUUCGCCCGGUUGGACAGAAGAGCCUGCGUGCCGAUGUGGUGGAUGGUGCCAACGUAGCCAUGGACUUGCUCAUGCAGCGCAAGUCCAGCAACCCUCUUUCAUCGAUUAUGCUCAUCAGCGACUCGUCUACCUCGGACACGGAAAGCGUUGACUUUGUCGUAUCCCGCGCCGAGGCAGCCAAGGUCUCGAUUCACUCUUUCGGUCUAGGGCUAACACACAAGCCUGACACGAUGAUUGAGCUUUCCACUAGGACCAAGGCGUCCUACACAUAUGUCAAGGACUGGAUGAUGCUCCGCGAAUGCGCAGCGGGGUGUCUAGGUUCCCUCCAAACCACUUCUCACCAGAACGUCAAGCUAAAGCUACGCCUACCGGAAGGAUCUCCUGCCAAAUUCGUCAAGAUCAGUGGUGCGCUGCACAUUACCAAGCGAGCUACCGGACGAGAUGCAGAAGCCUCGUUGGGCGAUCUGCGCUUUGGCGACAAGAGAGAUAUUUUGGUGCAGCUGGCGAUCGCACCGGAUACGGGGUCUCCCGAGCAGCUCCCACAAGAUCCGUGGGAGUCGAUCGUAUCUGGCCUUGAGGCCCUGGGAGGGCCCCUUGACCAAGACGACUCACGCACACUCAGCGUCGAGGAAGUGCCAUUGAUCCAGGCCGAUCUUACCUACGGCGAUAUCCUUCGCGAAGGCAGCCUUGCCCACCUGCCGCGACCAUCCCUUCUCGCCAUUACCCUACUACCUUCUGGGCCCAAGAAGAACUCUAUGGCGCUGCCAUCGACACCUCCUAUCCCGCCUCACCCACAUGUUGUGCAAAGACGCAUGGAGUUGCUCACAUCAGACAUGCUGACACGCGCACUGACGCUUGUUUCGCGGGGCCAACACGAGCGAGCGCAUCACUUGCUCAAAGAAACACGCAGUAUCCUAAAGGGACUAGCAAAGGGAGGCCUACCCCCACUCCCACCUCCUGGUCACCGUCGCAACGACGCAGCCAGUGCUACAGGUAGCACCGGAUCCGCAUCGCCGACGACGCACAGCGCCAACGAUGUUCGGGCGCGAACGCCUUCACCGCAUGCCGACAGCCCCUUCAGCCCCGCGGCGGGCAUUGAUGUCCGAACCAUGCACGCACUGGAUGCCGAGCUCGAAUCCAGCCUGGAAUGGAUCAACCACCCUGCCGUGUUUGGGCGGGAUUCGCGUAAGGCUGUGCUGCAGGCGAUUGGCGUCAUUUCAUCGCAACGCGCAUACACGUUUAGGUCACCAUCCGAGUCUCUGUGGGCAGAGCGCAUUGCUGGCGUCAAGCGUCUGUCGGAGCUUUCACGUGACUGGCGCGAGACGGGCGAUCAAGAAGCAUUGAUGGAGGAAAACUAAUUCUGCCGCCACGACCGCCGCCGCCGCCGCUGCUGCUGCUCUUUGAGCGAUUUUGCAUUUGCCUGCACCUGUAUACCCUGUACCAUUCAUUUUACCAUAUUUCCUUGUUUACCCACUUAU